CGAUAUCCCAAUGCAGUCACUGGGAUACUCGAGGCUCAGACGUAUAAAUAUCAUCAUAAACUUCGCCUCUCGGAAUAUUUAUUGACAAAAACCGUAUCUAUUAUAGUAUUUUGUGUGCAGCAAGAGUUAUCACAGUAGUAUUUGCUGCCAUCGGCACUUUAUAGCAAUGGCGGAAGAAGACGCAAGGCCGGUGUUCUUUUUUGAUAUUGACAACUGUCUUUAUUCAAAGAACAAGAAUGUCCAUGAUCACAUGUCUGAAUUGAUAGACGACUAUUUCAUGAAACACCUUUCACUGGACCGUGCGGAAGCAUACAGGCUUCACCAAGAGUAUUACACGACGUACGGUCUAGCAAUCGAAGGGUUGGUGCGCAAUCACGAGAUUGAUCCUCUGGAGUACAACGAGAAGGUGGACGAUGCCCUGCCACUUGAAAAAAUCCUGUCUCCAGAACCACAACUGCGGAAGCUCCUUCAAAGCAUCGACACGACGAAGGUGAAACUCUGGCUGUUUACUAAUGCCUAUGUCAACCACGGCAAAAGGGUUGUGAAGAUUCUUGGAGUUGACGAUCUGUUCGAGGGGCUGACGUAUUGUGACUAUGCUGCUCGGCCCUUGAUUUGCAAACCGGCGGAAGAAAUGUUCCAAAAAGCAAUGAGAGAAGCUGGCGUCAGUGACAUGCAUAAGUGUUAUUUUGUUGACGACUCGGCACUGAAUUGUCGAGAAGCCCAACGACUGGGCUGGACGACUGUUCAUCUUGUUGAACCGAGCGUCACUUCCCCGCCGCAGCAGGUGUGCAAGUAUCAGGUUGCGAAUUUAGAAGAGCUUCGGGGAAUAUUCCCCCAAUUUUUCAAGGAGGAUAAUUAGAAGAAGCCCAGAUGGCCCCAAGGAAUCUGAUGAUGGCUUUAGAUGCAUUCAUAGGCAGAAUCGCUGUUGUAAUGCCUGAUAGAAAUAUUUAUAGUCAAUAUUCGGUGCCAUGGAUGAGCCUUUUGAGUCACUAUGAUUGUCCAAGACCGUUGAAUUAUAGCUAUGAUUCAAACCGGGGUAUCCCAAACGCCAUUGAUAGAGCCUAUCCCAAAUAUGCCGUGUAGAUUCCGCAUUUUAGGGUCGUCUCACGCUGCGUAUCACCUCGUCCAGCUUUGCCAGUAGGACAUCCUUCUCUUUCACAGCAGCGUGCCUCUUCUGCUCCUCCUUCUCCAGUUCCUCUUCCAAGGCCUUUAUGCGUUCCUGUUGAUUCUGCUCACUAUGCUCCAGCCCCGGUAGCGCCGAUAUCAAGAGCUCGAUUUGCUGCUCUCUGACAAUGAGGUCCUUUGCGAGCUCGCGCUGGCCGUCAAGGAACUGCCCUGUCGGAUAUGGUUCAACUGUGGCCAGUUAGUCAUUAUGUACUGCCAAAGCUUGGUUAAUUGUAGAAGCAGGAAAUGGGGCGACUGACUUCCAUCAGAAUCCAUAGGUCCCUCCCUUGGCAUGUCUGUGGGGUUGACAGGCGUGAGUUCGUGGUGCCUGUGAACGUAAUAUAUAGAGGCAACAAAUUGAUGUGCCAGCUGCCAGGGUUAGCGGGGUUAAUCGUGUCAAAAGAAAGGCGCCGUACCUGGUCGACAGCAUCUUGUAAUUGUGUCAAUCGAUCAGCCAUCUUUGCUCCGGGUGAGCACAAAGCCCUUUGGUAAAUCGAUUAUGAGC